GUCAAAAGACGUUUUGACGUGUAAGUUGCACAGCUGUCAGUACGCAUUUUUGUUUCCAAUUCUUGAAAUAAUGAGAAAGAAAAAGUAGUUUCUUGUGUGAAUUUGAUAUCGAAACUAUUUUUUGUAUGCUAGUGCAAAAGGACAUAUUUAUAAUCUAUCAAAAUGGUGUUAAUGACGAUGAUCGCUCGAGUCGUCGACGGAUUGCCUCUAGCCGCUACUAUGCAAGAAGAUGAACAGAGCGGCUGCAACAUUUUGGAGUAUCAGAACCAGGCUAAAAUGCUGUUUAGGAAGCUAGGCCCCCAAUCGCCUCUCCGGUGCUCCAUCGAGACGGGACCAUACCUCUUCCACUAUUUGAUUGAGAACGACAUUUGCUAUCUGGUGCUGUGUGAACGCAACUACAGUAAACGAUUGGCAUUCAGCUAUUUAGAAGAAAUCGCACAAGAGUUCUAUCAACAGUACGGGAAAAGGGUGAACACAGUGACUCGUCCAUACACAUUCAUAGAGUUCGACACGUGGAUGCAGCGCGCGCGCAAGCAGUACGCGGAGGGAGGCGCGCGCGCGCGCCGCGGAGGCGCCGCCGCCGCGCUCGGCCCGCAGCUCGGCGACGUGCAGCGCAUCAUGAUGCAGAACAUCGACGAUGUGCUGCAGCGAGGAGCUGUGCUAUCUGAACUGGACACGAAGACACAAAAUCUAUCAAUAAUGACGCAAAAAUACAAGAAGGACGCGACGUACCUCAACACCAAAUCAAUGCUCGUGAAGGUCACAGCGGGAGCAGUUAUACUAUUGGUAUUUGUACUAUAUUUCUGGGUUCUAUAGGACAGUCCGUGUAGCAGUUUGUGAUCCAUUAAAGACUAGGUGCCUCUGUCCGUUUCAAAAUUUGAAAUGAAUUGAAAGUAUAGGUACUUCAUUUGUUGAAAUUUUACAUGUGUAGCACAGAAGGCGGGUUGGACAAUCGCCGCUUAUUUCUUUCCAUAGACAAUUUGUGCAAUGUCUGCUUUUGAGUCUGUUUAAUUUAAAUUCCCAUCAGUCAUUUAGGGAUAAUCAGCAACGGGUGAAUCACUUGUUUUGCUAUGAAAGAAAAUUAUCCUCAAAUGUUGUGAGCCUAAAUUGCCUACAUCUUGUAACAUUUGUAUCGCCUUCAGGUCGGACAUAGGUUUUUGUUCCUGUUGAACACCUUGGACUGCAAAAUACAUUGUUUUAUAUGGUCUUACGUCAAUGCGUUGCUAACGUUAUAACUAAGCAGUGUAUGUCGACCAACAUGGAAACAACAUAAUAUAUUUAUCUUACAAUCUAUAGCGAAAAAUUUCAAUAUAGCACAUACAGUACAUAUAUAGUACUUAUAUAAUAGCAAUGGCAUGACCAAUACAGUAAAAUAAACCUUUUAUUGGAUUUCAAAAAUAUCUGCGAUAGUUUUUACUGAGUCUCGCAAUAACUUACGACAGAUAACUCUGUCGUUGAAAAAAAUACUGUGAAGGUUGGGACAAUUUUAUGAUAGAGUUCGGGAAAUAAUGAAUUUUGUAUAAUUAUUUUAUACACAUAAUUAAUUUGUGAAAUGGUUUCGGUUUGUUCCAUAAAAUCCUUAAACGAUACUUUGUGCAUAGGAUUUUUAGAGUUUCUCUAGAAAAACCCAUGUUUAUUCAAAAAAUCCCCCUUUUUUUUAUUCAGAGGAUUUUUAGGUAUUUGUCUACUAAAGCUCAUCAGUUUCCUCAGCUACCUACUGCCUAUUGUACUAUGUAUAUUACUUAAUUACUUAUUAUAUAUAUAUUCUAUUAAGCCUCAUAAGAAAACACUACCAUGCAAGCAAUAAUUUAAAAAUUAAUGCCUCGGUACUGUGAUAAAAAAAAUAUUUUCCUUUUAGAAAUGUAUAUCGGACUAAAAUAGCACUAGUGGACUAAAUAACUACACUAGACGACGUUUGGUUUGGAAUAAGCUGUUGUGUAAAUUGAAAAUAUGGAGUAAAGUGCUGAGAACUUUGUUCACUCUUUGAAGUUCCUCCUCGAGAAGAGUCUCCUGGAGGUUCUACAUAACAAAAAGCCAAAUACAAACACUCCUUUUUAGCCUUAGAAGUUUCAACUUGGAGGUUCAACAAAUCCCACUUUUACAGUUCUAUUUGGUACACCCAAUAUUUUUCAAUUGUCCUGAAACCUAAUUAUAACUUAAUUAUAUUAAUGGGAAUUAGCACGAACCUUUUUUAUUUAAUGUAGCUGACGUUUCAACGAAUUUGCAGUCGCCGUGGUCACAGCCAGGCUAAGUAGUUACUAAAGAUUGGCUGUAUUUUGAAGACAUUGAAAAUUUCUAAGAAUUGGUGAGCUAAACGGUAAUGUUAAGGUGCGAUUCCAAUGGGUGCGCUAAACGGCAUACCAUCUUAGACAUAGGGUAAUGAUGGGAAAUGCAUUCCAGUGCAUACUAGUGUACUUGCAAUAGGUGUACCAAAUGAUUGAUUUCAAGUAGCGUAGAUCCGAUGUUUGUAUUUUUUAUGAAAAAAAUAAUUCUUAAUCAAUAGACAUGUAAUCUCUGCGAAGGUGUUUAUUCAUUGCCAAUAUUAUUUUAUUUGUUUUAAGGCGAGUUUGGUGAUGGAUUGUUGUACAUUUUCACAUAUUGUUAAUAUAUUAAUUAUUUAAGAUUUAAUAAAUUCAUUCUUUUAA